AUGUCUCCCUUCCCCUCUAUCACACUCACUCACUCACGCUCUCAAUGCUCUUGGGGAUGGCGAGGAGCCCCCCUGGUGAAACGGGGAACAGUAGACGUGGUGGCAUCAGAAGACAUGGACACGCCUUUUGGUGGCAACGUCCUAAUCCGCCAGCUCAUCCUUUGAGUCAACAGUGAAGUAAUUGAAUACUCGCUAUCCAAGCUGCUUGACAUUCUGAAGAUUACACAUGAAGAGUUUGUGGACUUGUGUAUCUUGUUAGGCUGUGACUACUGCGAUAAGAUUGCAGGCCUUGGCCCCAAGAGAGCGCUGACUCUGAUCCAGCAGCACCGGACUAUAGAGAACGUAGUACUGAACAUCAACAGAAAGAACCACCCUGUCCCACUGUUCUGGCAGUACCAGGACACCACCCUGACCGAGCCCCCUGACUGGAUUGAGCCGGAUGAGGAGGCCCUGGUUCAGGUUCUGUGCCAUGAUAAACACGUCAAGUACUGGAGUACAAGGAUACGCGGUCGAAUGGCGAAAUUCUGUGCGGAGAGGGAGGGCGACAAGGCAGCAGGACGGAGCAGACAACCCCGCAUGGAGGAAUUAUUCUGCGUUACACAGAAAAGCCAGCAGGCCAGCAGGCCUUCAUCACAUGCCGGCUGA